GUGGCCUUGGCCUCGUCUGUCCUGGCCCAGACAACUAGCCAAGACCCCGGCCCUUCUCCUACCGCUUCUGUCGGCUGUGAGCCUCACGGCGACCACUGGCACUGUGACGGUCCUGCUACCGCCGGCGAGGCCACCGUGACUUCUGCUGCAUCGGAGUCCGAGACCGAGACCCCUGCCGUGCCCAGCCCUACCGAGUCCGUGGGCUGCGAACCUCACGGCGACCACUGGCACUGUGACGGACCCGCGAGUGCCGAAGCCACGGCGACCUCGACUGCCACUCACUCUCACGACGAGGAGGAAGAAUCUACCGCCACCCCGACGAUUCCCAGCCCCACCGAGUCGGUCGGCUGUGAGCCUCACGGCGACCACUGGCACUGCGAUGGGCCGGCCGAGACUGCGAGCGGUUCUGAGAGCGCCUCUGCAAGCGGAUCUGCGACCUCAACUGGCGAUGCUGCCGACGCUUCUUCCACCGAUGCCGGCGAGGAAGGAGGUGCUGGAAUGAUUGGAACUCAGAUGUCCGUGGUCGUUGCGUUGGCCCUGGGUGUGGCUGCUCUGCAGAUUUAA